AUGGAGUGCUCCCAGCGGGACUCCUCGCUGGGACAUGCCCUGCGGGGCGUGAGCGCGGAACAUCUGCGAGGGAACUUGGUCGAGUGGAUCAGCUCACAUGGGCAGGACACUACAGCCUGCAUUCAUGAGAUCGAGCCUUUGAUCCGUGAGCGCGGCAAGGAUGUGAUGUGCCCUCACACACAUCAGCUGGGCUCAUCAUAUGUGGACGCGUUGGGUGAAUCGGAAGAUGCUGGAAUCUCCAACUUCAUGCUCAGCUACUCUUGGAGAUAUCGGGUGGAUGACAUCAUCACCUCCUUGGUGCACCAUUGUGAGACCCGAGAACGAGAUAUGAAACGGACGUAUUUCUGGAUUUGCUGCCUUUGCAUCAACCAACACCGUGUCAAAGAGGCACAGGCCGCGGGCUUGGUGGUGCCCUUCGAGGACUUCCGGGAGCACUUCCAGCAGCGGGUGGUGGGCGUGGGCCACGUCCUGGCACUUAUGGCGCCGUGGGACAACCCGGUCUAUGUCAGCCGCGUGUGGUGUGUCUUUGAAAUCUUCACCGCCGUCAACGAGAACUGCGAGCUGACGGUGAUUCUGCCUCCAGUAGAGAUGAAACGCUUUAGUGGCACCAUCCACGACGGUGUUCUGGAUAAGCACUUAUGGGCUUCCCUGGAACAACUGGACGUUCAACGGGCUGAUGCCUCCGUGGCAUCCGACAAAGAAAAUAUCCUUCGAAUUGUUGCAGAUGGAGUUGGAUUUGAUUGCUUGAACCAGGUGGUCCGACAGCAGCUGCUGCGCUGGUUGGCCACUUCCGCCACGUGGGAAGCUCAGCAGCAGAUGGAAACCGGCGACUUGUUUGGACAGAAGGCCAUUGCCACUUCCAGCCAGAUCGCUUCCUUUUUGCAUCGACUGGCGCAAUACGAGAAGGCCAGGGAGUUGCUGGCUUGUGCUGGACGGGUGGCAGCGGAAGAGUCCGAAGAGAAAGCCAACCUGCUCAGAGUGCUUGGUCAGAAUUUGGAGUAUUUGGGUCGGAGAAAAGAGGCUGCGGAUGCCUACAGGCAAGCCUCAGAGAUGCUAGAAGAGUUGGGUUGCUUGCGUUCCCACGAUGGUGCAGCAGUGCUCACCUCCCUGGCAUUGCAGCUCUCAGACGCCGGGGAACUGGAUGAGGCCAUGGAGCGAUACCAAAAGGCUUGGUCCAUCCGGGAAGCCACUGGCGCCCAGACGCUGGAUGCCUCUGACUUGCUGGCCAUGAUGGGCGUGACCGAGUGCAAGCUGGGACUGAUCCAGGAGGGUCUGCGCCAUGCCCAGGAGGCACGCCGCUUGCGGGAGCACCUGCAGCAGUUGACCACGCCUCAGGGUGCCCAGGUGCUGCAGCAGCUCAGCUUUUGUUACUUGGCCUCUGGUGACUCUGCCCGGGCUCUGGAAGAGUUGGAAGUGAGCCGGACCAUUCUGGAAAAGCUCGGGAUGCUGCGAACGGCGCAAGGCGCAUUGUUGGCGAAACGCAGGGCGCAAUGCUAUUGCAAGCUCAAGGAUUCGACAAGAGAAUUGCAGAGCUUGCGCGAGGGCAAAGUCUUCAUGGAGGAGUGUGGGCAGUUGCGCAGCGAAGAAGGUGUUGGAAUCUUGCUUGAUCUGGGGAGCGCCUUGCUCGAUGCCCGACAGGAUGAAGAUGCUAAUCACGUUCUCGCUUUGGCUGAGGAGAUUUGCCUAGAGAAGAACCUUGAGGAGAGGGGCCUUGACUGCGGGGCCUUGAGGUACCCCAUCGGGCUUCUGCCAGAUGUAUCCUUGGUCACCCUACUGCAUACAGCCCACCGCGCCUGUGGCGAGUCCAAGCGCUGGACUGGGGGAAGCAACCAGUGGCGCGUGGGGAUCAGCGAAGGUACGCCUCAAGCACUUUGUUCACGGGGGAUAGGAUACAUUCCCCCUGUGCAGCCGCAGUAUAGCGCACCGCAGGCGCCACAAUAUGCGCCACAAUAUGUGCCGCAGAGCACCGCACCCAUGUCGCAGCUGCGACUCACACGCCGGGGUGGCUUAGAUCCACCGGCCAAGGUGGAUACCUACAAUGGUGGUGCUUGGGAGGUGCUCAAACUGCCAGGAAAAAGGAGCAUGCAUUUCUUUGCUCUAGGCGACUGGGGUGGUUUGCUCGGCACGGGCUAUGCGCCCAUGAUCCAAUAUCGUAGUGGCCAGACUCCAGGGCCUCAUACCAUGGCCAGGUGGAGAGGUCCGUGCAAGACCGACAAGAUGAUUGCGUGCUUCGCAGGAGAUACUUGCGAGCAAAGUUGUCACUACGACCCGCAGGUGGACAGGCAAGCACAAGUCUUGGUGGCCACCCAGAUGAAGAAACGUGCUGCGCAGAGCCAACCCGACUUCAUCGUGAACGUCGGAGACAACUUCUAUUGGGGAGGAAUCAACACCGAGUGCGGCACUCCCAUGAAUCAGAUUAGCGCUGUCACGCAGCAGCAGUUUACUGAGAUCUUCGAGAAGAUCUACGGUGGACCUGGCUUAGAUGGAAAGCCCUGGUUGAGUGUGCUGGGAAACCAUGAUUGGGGUGGCUACCAGUUCAACAAGGCAGGGGCAGAGAGAGGCACCCAGCAGAGGUGGACACCAAGGCAAUUGGUCUACACCCCGCUGCCGAUCGCGUAUACCUGGGCAUCUGAUCGCUGGAGACUGCCGGCGCUCUACUGGAUGCAGCGGGUGGAGUAUCCGGACUUGGAUUUCAGUGCCGAGAUCUUCAUGAUCGACAGCAACGCCAUGGAUGUGAAGCCCAUGCAUGCGGAUCCUGAGCACAACAUUUGCGGACAGCUGCACAACCCCACCAAUGCUCGUUGCGAUGCAACUGGUGGUCCAGCAAAUCUCAAGGAUUGCUUUAGCUGGAUGUGGUCACUCUGGAGAGAACAGAAGAAAUGGGUUCAGCAGAAACUCACUGAGUCUAAUGCCAAUUGGCAGAUCGUGGCCACGCAUUUCAACUGUGGACACGAGGCUCAAUGGUACAAGGAGCUGCAUCAGAAGUAUGGUUUGGAUUUGCUGAUCACAGGACAUACCCAUGACCAGCAAGUCUAUCACGAGUCUGGAAUGUUGGGAGGCCUCACCUGCUUCAUCACCGGUGGUGGAGGUGGGAUCACCUCAGAGGCAGAUCCAUCUCAUCCGAAGAGUAACCAGUAUGGCUUCUUCGACAUAUCCAUCACGAAGCAGCAGAUCCUUCUUGAAUCCAUCAACUACCGAGGAGAAACCUUGGGCAAGUAUGCGGUGCGCCCGAAAGCAAGAGCUCUUUGA